GUAUUUCAUGUAAUUUAAACACUCUCAGGUCACUCAUGUCUCAGCUAUGUUGAAAUGGAAAAAACUUGAUAAAAUGUGUUGCAAUGCUUUUAAUGUUCAUAAAGAAAAAAAGAGAAAAUACAGAGACUCUGAUGGUGAAGCAGCAGCUCCGUGUCCUGUGUUUCAUUAACUAUUCAUCUCCCCUCAUCAGGCGGUGAGGGCGCUACACUGACAAAUACCAGCCAAAUCCUGAUCAUCCAGACAGAUUUGAUUGUUGGACCGAGGCGCUGUGUAGAGAGAGUAUGACUGCACGCUGUUACUGGGAGGUGGAGUGGAGCGGUGAUGGCUCAUUAGGAGUAGCUAUAGGAGUGACGUAUAAGAGCAUCAGCAGGAAGGAAGAGGGUCCUCCGAGUGCAGCUGGACGUAACAAUCAGUCCUGGAGUUUGUUCUGCUCUCCAGACUGUUGCUCAUUCUGGCACAAUAACAUAGAGACUAAACUUUCUGCAGUGUCCAGCAGUAGAAUAGGAGUGUAUGUGGAUCACAGCGCAGGGAUUGUGUCCUUCUACAGCAUCUCUGACACAAUGAGUCUCAUCCACAGAGUCCAGACCACAUUCACUCAGCCGCUCUAUGCACUGUUUGGACUAGAAAAUGAUACAACAGUGAAACUAUGCCUUCUGACCAGUUAAAUCACACAGCUUAUUUUAAGUGUUUAAUUUUUGAUCUAACACUUUUAGUUCUGCUGACUGUAGACACUUUUAUUAAUGCAGAAUCAUAUGUAAUGAUUCGUAUUACAUCUAAUGUGGUGUUAUUUUCAUGCAUACAUUAGCAUAUCAGGCUCUUCAUCUUCAUAUAGCUAUUUUGUGUAAAUUUGGUUGUGUUCAUCUUGUUGUCUUACUCUUUAUGUGACGAUUGCUCAAAUUCUGACAUGCACAGAUUGAGUACAGAGACAAUUCUGCUCAAAAUUGUAUUGCCCAGAAAAUAUAGGCUAACAAGAUAAAAUCAUAAUGUGCAUUAUGGAGUAAAACAAACACACACAAAACUUCAUGUGUAAUAAUAUAAAAUAUGAGGCAUCUACAAGUUAAAAGUAAAA